AUGGAGAGGUUCUUCGCCGGUCUACUUGGCUUCCUACUGAUUGCGUCAGUAGGAAGCCAUGCAGCUCGUGCUCCGGAUCAAUACUGGAAGUCUGCUCUUCCCGACACUCCCAUGCCGACCUCCCUCUCCCAACUCCUCAACACCCCAGCCGGAGGCACGACCGUCAACGUCGGCUGGGGCGGUGUCCAAGUCGAUGCCGGGCACGGUAAGCCCGGGGGUACGACGGUUAACGUAGGCAACGGCGGCGUCGGCGUCAAUGUUAACCCUGGCAGCAGCGGCAAGAAGCCCGGCGGCACCACCACGGUCGGCGUUGGGGGGAAAGGGGGAGUCGGCGUUAAGGUCAACCCUGGCUAUGGGAAGCCCGGCGGCACCACGGUUGGUGUCGGGAAGGGCGGAGUUGGUGUUAACGUCAACCCCGGCUACGGGAAGCCCGGUGGCACCACCGUUGGCGUCGGGAAGGGUGGCGUUGGCGUUAACGUCAACCCUGGCAAGCCCGCCGGUAGUGGUACCACGGUCGGCGUUGGCGUCAACGUCAAUCCUGGCUACGGCAAGCCCGGUGGCACCACGGUCGGCGUCGGCAAGGGCGGAGUAGGCGUCAACGUCAAUCCUGGCAAGCCGGGUGGUACCGGCACAACCGUUGGCGUGGGCAAAGGCGGCGUGGGCGUCGGCGUCAAUCCCGGGUACGGCAAGCCGGGCGGCACCACGGUCGGCGUUGGCAAGGGCGGGGUCGGCGUCCGCGUGAACCCGCGCAAGAAGCCCGUCAACGUCAACGUCAGCCCUUUCCUGUACACGUACGCCGCAUCAGAGACGCAGCUGCACGACGACCCCAGCGUGGCGCUCUUCUUCCAGGAGAAGGACCUCCAGCCCGGUAAGAAGGUGACCGUCCAGUUCGCCAACACCGCGACCACCGGCGCCAAGUUCCUCCCGCGAAGCGAGGCCGAGGCCAUCCCGUUCUCCUCCGAGAAGGUCCCCGAGAUCCUGAGCCGCUUCUCGGUGGACCCGGACUCCGUCGAGGCGGCGGAGAUGGCGCAGACGCUGCGCGACUGCGAGGCGCCCGCGGCCAAGGGCGAGAAGAAGGCGUGCGCCACGUCGCUGGAGUCCAUGGUGGACUUCGCCACCACCAGCCUCGGGACCAGCCACGUGAGGGCCGUCUCGACCGUCGUGGCGAAGGAGGGCUCGCCGAAGCAGGAGUACACCGUGACCGGCGUGAAGCGCGCGGCCGGCACCGACGGCGACGGCCGCCUGGUGGCCUGCCACGCGGAGCCGUACGCGUACGCCGUGUUCGCGUGCCACCUGACGCAGCAGACGCGGGCGUACUCGGUGUCGAUGCUCGGCAGGGACGGCACGGCCGUGGACGCUGUCGCGGUGUGCCACGCCGACACGUCCGGCUGGAACCCCAAACACGUCGCCUUCCAGGUGCUCAACGUGAAGCCCGGCACGGUGCCGGUCUGCCACUUCCUGCCGCAGGACCACGUCGUCUGGACCCGCAGCGGCUGA